AUGGUAACCUUCAUUCUGCUGUUCUCUGAAUGCGCUCAGUCGGCAGCAGUGUUUUUUGUUGUUGUAUUGUUGGGCCGUCCGGUGGUGAGGGGGCUCCUUAUGGAGAUCCCAUUAAACGGGAACCUCGUGAAGGCGGGCGGGUGGGACGGGACGGGACAGGGGGACAGCAAAGCGAUUGUGGACGGGAACCUGAAGUUGAUCCUGGGUCUGGUGUGGACCCUCAUCCUCCAUUACUCCAUCUCUAUGCCCGUCUGGGAGGAUGAAGACGACGGCGAAGCCAAGAAACAGACGCCCAAGCAGAGACUGCUCGGCUGGAUCCAGAACAAAGUGCCUGACCUCCCCAUCACUAACUUCAGUCAGGACUGGAGGAACGGCCGAGUGCUGGGAGCUCUGGUGGACAGCUGCGCUCCAGGCCUGUGUCCUGACUGGGAGAUCUGGGACGAGGCGAAGCCGGUGGAAAAUGCCACUGAGGCAAUGCAGCUCGCUGAUGAUUGGCUGGGAAUCCCACAGGUUAUCGCUCCAGAGGAGAUCAUUGACCCCAGUGUGGACGAGCAGUCAGUCAUGACGUAUCUGUCUCAGUUCCCCAAAGCCAAACUGAAGCCCGGAGCUCCUCUCAAACCCAAACUCAACCCGAAGAAGGCACGCGCGUACGGCCCAGGCAUCGAGCCGACCGGGAACCGGGUGAUGCGUCCGGCUGUGUUCACGGUGGACACCUUCAGCGCGGGUCAAGGCCAGGUCACUGUCUAUGUUGAAGACCCAGAGGGCCGCAGAGAGGAGGUCAAACCUGUGCUCAAUGAAGGCAAAAAGACCUACAGCGUGACGUACAUCCCUCAGGUCAUGGGACCGCACAAGGUCACUGUGCUUUUCGCUGGACAGCAAAUCCCAAAGAGCCCGUUUGAGGUGAACGUGGACAAAGCCCAGGGAGACGCCACUAAAGUCACGGCUAAAGGACCCGGACUGGAGCCGCUAGGCAACAUCGCCAACAAACCCACCUUCUUCGACAUCUACACCGCAGAUCGCCUCAGAUGCUGGCAUGACAUUAAAUACAGUAUAUACUACUACUACAACGGCUUAUCAUGUAUUGUGUGUUUGUGUGUUUCAGCGUCUGUUCCCGGUGCGUGCCGUGCCACCGGUCGAGGUCUGCAGCCCAGAGGGGUGAGAGUGCGUCAGGUGGCUGAUUUUAAGGUGGACACCCGUAACGCUGGUAGUGGUGAUCUGAAGGUCACUGUUAAAGGACCCAAAGGUCUAGAGGAGCCUGUGAAACAGAAGGACACUUCAGAAGGCGUUUACUCUUAUGAAUACCAUCCACACACACCUGGCAAAUACACAGUCAGCAUCACCUGGGCCGGACAGCACAUUCCCAAGAGCCCCUUCGAGGUUCAGGUGGGCUCUGAAGCCGGACAGCAGAAGAUCCGUGCGUGGGGUCCGGGGCUGGAGGAAGGCGUUGUGGGCAAGUCUGCGGACUUUGUGGCCGAAUCCAUCGGAACUGAGGUCGGAGUUCUCGGCUUCGCCAUCGAGGGUCCGUCUCAGGCCCGGAUCGAGUGUGAUGAUCAGAACGACGGCUCGUGUAAUGUGAGGUACUGGCCCACCGAAUCGGGUGAAUACGCUGUCCAUGUCAUGUGUGAUGAUGAAGACAUUGAAGACAGUCCCUUCAUGGCCUACAUCGUCCCUGAGAACAAAGCCAGCAACCCCAACCAGGUCAGGGCUUAUGGACCAGGACUGGAGAAGACCGGCUGUAUCAUAAACAAACCUGCAGAGUUCACCGUCGAGGCCAAAGACACUGGAAACGGACCGCUGAGAAUCAUCGCACAGGAUGCAGAUGGCGUCCCCAUCGAUGUGAAGGUGAAGAGCAAAGGUGAUAACGUGUAUUCCUGCUCGUACACGCCGACCUCGGCCGUCAAACACACGCUGGCCGUGACCUGGGGAGGCGUCAGCGUUCCCAGCAGCCCCUUCAGGGUGAAUGUUGGAAAGGGAUGCCACCCUCACAAAGUCAAAGUGUUUGGUCCAGGACUGGAGAGAAGCGGACUGAAAGCUCACGAGCCGACACACUUCACCGUGGACUGCACAGAAGCUGGAGAAGGUGACGUCAGUGUUGGAAUCAAGUGUGAAGCUAAUGUUAUCAGCGAUAAUGAAGAGGAUGUUGAUUUUGACAUCAUUCCCAAUGCCAAUGACACCAUCACUGUCAAAUAUAUUCCUCCUGGAGCCGGACGCCUCACAAUCAAAGUCCUUUUUACUGAUCAAGAAAUCCCGGCCAGUCCGUUCCGUGUUAUAGUGGAUCCCUCACAUGACGCCUCCAAAGUGAAGGCAGAGGGACCAGGACUCGCCCGAGCAGGUGUGGAGAGUGGAAAACCAACACACUUCACCGUUUACACCAAAGGAGCUGGCAAAGCUCCUCUGGACGUGCAGUUUUCUGGACCUAAUAAAGGACAGCCCGUUCAAGGCUUUGAGAUCAUUGACAACUAUGACUAUUCCCACACCGUCAAGUACACACCAGUCCAGCAGGGAGAGAUGGUGAUAACUGUGACCUUCGGUGGUGACCCCAUUUCUAAAAGCCCCUUCGCUGUUGGUGUUGCUGCUCCAUUGGACCUUAGCAAGAUCCAAGUGAAUGGCCUGGAAAAUCGAGUGCAAGUGGCUGAGGAUCAAGAGUUUGCUGUUGGUACAAGAGGAGCAGGUGGACAAGGCAAACUGGAAGUCAAGAUCACCAGCCCAUCAGGGAAGUCUGUGCCCUGCGUCGUGGAGCCUCAACCUGGUAAAGGAGCCAGUCUGGUGAAGUACAUCCCCAAAGAGGAGGGCGCCUACGUUGUGGAGGUCGUUUAUGAUGGCAAUCCAGUUCCAGGAAGCCCUUUCUCAGUUGAAGCCAUGCUGCCUCCUGAUCCCAGCAAGGUCAAAGCGUUUGGUCCAGGAUUGAAGGGUGGUCUUGUGGCGAGCCCUGCUGAGUUUACCAUUGACACCAAGGGCGCUGGAACCGGUGGACUCGGUCUUACCGUCGAGGGCCCAACCGAAGCCAAAAUGGAGUGCUCUGACAAUGGCGACGGCACCUGCUCUGUGUCGUACCUCCCCACCGAACCCGGAGCUUAUCUAAUCAACAUUCUCUUCGAGGACGUACACAUUCCCGGCUCGCCUUUCCACGCUGACAUCCAAUACCCGUUUGAUCCCACCAAAGUGGUGGCGUCCGGCUCCGGGCUGAAACGAGGCAAAGUAGGCGAGACCAGUGUGCUGAACGUCGACUGCGCCAAAGCUGGACCGGGCCAGUUGACGCUGGAGGCCGAGUCUGAUUCUGGAGUGAAAGCCAAGACUGAAGUUCUGGACAACAAGGACGGGACCUACACGGUCACCUACGUCCCGCUGACGGCGGGUAUGUACACGCUACUGCUGAAGUAUGGAGGGAAGACUGUCCCCAACUUCCCCGCCAAAGUGAACGUGGAUCCGGCUGUCGAUACCAGCAAAGUGAAGGUGUUUGGACCAGGAGUUGCAGGAAAAGGCGUUUUCAGGGAGGCCACGACCGACUUCACCGUGGAUGCACAAGCUUUGACCAAAGUUGGUGGGAAACACAUUAAAGCUCAUGUGAAGAACCCGUCGGGUGCUGCUACAGACUGUGUUAUUAGUGACAACAGUGACGGGACUUACAACGUGGAAUACACUCCGUUUGAGAAUGGAAUCCACAGUGUGGAGGUUCUCUACGAUGAGACUCCGGUUCCAAAGAGCCCGUUCCAGGUUGGGGUGGGCGAGGGCUGUGACCCCUCACGUGUGCAGGCCAAGGGCCCGGGUCUGGAAGAAGCACUGACCGACAAACCCAACAAGUUCUCCAUCGUCACCAGAGGAGCGGGUAUUGGUGGAUUGGGAAUAACCAUAGAAGGUCCAUCUGAGUCGAAAAUGUCCUGCAAAGAUAACAAAGAUGGCAGCUGUAAUGUUGAAUACACCCCGUAUGUGCCUGGACUGUAUGACGUCAACAUCACGUAUGGAGGACAGCACAUUUCCGGAAGCCCGUUUAAAGUGCCGGUGAAGGAUGUUGUUGACUCCAGUAAGGUGAAGAUCUCUGGGCCUGGUGUCGGUUCUGGAGUGAGAGCUAAAGUCCCACAAUCCUUCACUGUGGACUGCAGUAAAGCUGGUGUCGCUCCUCUCUCUGUGGCCGUAACUGGACCUAAAGGUAUAGCCGACCCAGUUGAAGUCACAGACAAUGGUGACGGCACACACACAGUGGCCUACACACCGUCUGUGGAGGGCUCGUACUCCGUCGCGGUCAAAUACGCAGACGAGGAAGUUCCACGCAGUCCGUUCAAACUGCGUGUUCAGCCCACUCAUGAUGCCAGUAAGGUGCGUGCCAGCGGCCCCGGCCUGACCACCGGCCUCUCGGCCAGCUUCCCUGUGGAGUUCACCAUCGAUGCCAAAGACGCCGGCGAGGGCCAGCUGUCUGUGCAGAUCACUGAUCAGGAUGGUAAACCCAAGAAAGCCAACAUACAGGACAACCGGGAUGGAACCUACAAAGUGUCUUACGUGCCGGACAAGGUGGGCCGUUAUACUAUUGUGAUCAAGUACGGCGGAGAUGAGAUCCCCACUUCUCCAUAUAGAGUGAGAGCGAGCGCUACAGGAGACGCCAGCAAGUGUACAGUCACGGGACUUGGCAUUGGGCCGACCAUCGGCAUCGGAGAGGAGGUCGGGUUUGUGGUGAACACUAAAGGAGCAGGGAAGGGCAAGGUCUCCUGCAUCGUCGUCACUCCAGACGGCACUGAGGUGGAAGCUGAAGUCAUCGAGAAUGUGGACGGGACCUUUGACAUCUUCUACAUGGCUCCUAAACCCGGGACCUACGUUAUUUACGUGCGCUUUGGAGGGGAGAACAUCCCCAGGAGCCCCUUCAAAGUCAUGGCAACAGAUGAAGUUCCCAUGAUGCAGCAGCAGCAGUCAGUCCAACAGCAGAAGGCAGCACCAGGCGUCGGCUUCCAGCCCUGGGUUACAGAUGGCGCGUAUAUUCCUGCCAACAGUGUGAACGGGACGGGGUACAGGCCUUUCGAUAUGGUGAUUCCCUUCACCUUUAGGAAGGGGGAAAUCACAGGUGAGGUUCACAUGCCGUCAGGUAAAACCGCCCAACCGGAGAUCAUCGACAACAAAGACGGGACCGUCACGGUGAAGUACGCGCCCACAGAGGCUGGACUCCAUGAAAUGCACAUUAAAUACAACGGGACACACAUCCCAGAGAGUCCUCUGCAGUUCUACGUCAACAGCUCAAACAGUCCUAACGUGACGGCGUACGGCCCGGGUCUGGUCUGUGGGACCGCCAAUAAAACCGCCAUGUUCACCAUCUACACUGAAGAUGCAUCUGACGGUGGCCUUGAUUUGGCCAUUGAAGGUCCAUCCAAGGCUGAGAUCAACUGUGUGGACAACAAAGACGGCACUUGCACGGUUUCAUACCUGCCCACACUGCCUGGAGAUUACAAUAUACUCGUCAGAUACAAUGACAAACACAUCGCAGGAAGCCCCUUCACCGCCAGGAUCACAGAGGACAACAAGAGGAAGUCCCAGGUAAAGCUGGGCUCCGCUGCAGAUUUCUCUCUGGAUAUCAACGAGACGGAUCUCAGUCUGCUCACCGCGAGCAUCAAAGCCCCGUCUGGUCACGACGAGCCCUGUUUGCUCAAGAGGCAGCCCAACAACCACAUCGGCAUUUCCUUCAUCCCAAGAGAAGUUGGAGAGCACCUGGUGAGCAUCAAGAAGAACGAGCGGCACGUUCCUAACAGCCCCAUCACCAUCAUGGUGGUCCAGUCUGAGAUCGGAGACGCCAGCAGAGUCAAAGUCUUCGGUCAGGGUCUGGUGGAGGGAAGCACAUUCGAGAUGGCCGACUUUGUGGUGGACACAAGGGAAGCUGGUUAUGGAGGUUUGGCGCUGUCCGUCGAGGGUCCCAGUAAGGUGGACAUACAGACAGAGGACAUGGAGGACGGCACUUGUGGCGUCUCAUAUUGUCCCACUGAGCCGGGCACAUACAUCGUGUCCAUCAGAUUUGCAGAAGAGCACGUCCCAGGAAGUCCGUUCAGCGUGAAAGUGAGCGGAGAAGGUCGUAUCCGCGAGAGCAUCACUCGCCGUCAGAAAGCCGCGUCCGUCGCUAGUGUUGGAAGUGUUUGUGAUCUCAACCUGAAGAUCCCAGGAAUCGACCUCCAGGACGUCUCGGCGCAGGUCAGCAGCCCGUCGGGAGCCACGGAAGCGGCUGAGAUGGUGGCAGUGGGAAAUCACACCUACUGCGUGCGCUUCGUGCCUCACGAGAUGGGCGUUCACACGGUGAGCGUGAAGUACCGCGGGCAGCACGUGCCGGGAAGCCCCUUCCAGUUCACCGUCGGCCCGCUGGGAGAAGGAGGAGCCCGUAAGGUGCGAGCGGGGGGUCCGGGUCUGGAGAAGGCCGAGACGGGUGUGCCAGCGGAGUUUAAUGUGUGGACGCGCGAGGCGGGCGCCGGCGGUCUGUCCAUCGCUCUUGAAGGUCCCAGUCGUGCAGAAAUCUCCUUCGAGGAAAGGAAGGACGGAUCCUGCGGCGUCUCCUAUGUAGCUCAAGAACCAGGCGACUACGAAGUGUCUAUAAAGUUCAACGACGAGCACAUUCCUGACAGCCCUUACCUGGUGCCCGUUCACGCUCCUGUGGACGACGCUCGGAGACUCACUGUUACCAGUCUUCAGGAGUCGGGUCUGAAGGUCAACCAGCCGGCAUCAUUUGCGGUGCGUCUGAACGGGGCAAAAGGCCACAUCGAUGCUAAAGUUCACAGUCCGUCCGGAGCCCUGGAGGAGUGUGUGGUGUCUGAACUAGAGCAAGACAAGUAUGCCAUCCGUUUCAUCCCACGAGAAAACGGCAUCCACGUCAUUGACGUGAAGUUCAACGGGACGCACAUCCCAGGCAGUCCGUUCCAGGUUCGUGUGGGAGAGCCGGGACAGAGCGGCGAUGCGGGCCUCGUCACUGCUUACGGACCCGGGCUGGAAAGAGGAACCACAGGUAACCAGGCCGAGUUUAUCAUCAAUAACACCAAAGCGGGGCCGGGAUCUCUGGCCGUCACCAUCGAGGGCCCGUCGAAGGUCAAGAUGGAGUGUCAGGAGUGUCCCGAAGGCUUUAGAGCGCACUACACACCAAUGGCCCCAGGAAACUACGUCAUCACUAUCAAAUAUGGCGGCCCCAACCACAUCAGCGGAAGCCCAUUUAAGGCCAAAGUCACAGGGCCACGGCUGGUGAACGUGACGAACGCCAGUGAGAUGUCCACUCUGAUGGUGGAUCCGGUGAGCAGGGCGAGCAGUGUGAACUCCUACAGCGCCUCUCCCAGAGCCGCUUCUGACGCCAGCAAGGUUCUCAGUCGAGGUCCGGGUCUCAGUAAGGCCUUCGUGGGCCAGAAAGCGUCUUUCUCUGUGGACUGCAGUAAAGCAGGGAAGAACAUGCUUCUGGUCGGCGUUCACGGUCCUCUGACGCCCUGCGAGGAGAUCCUGGUCAAACACACGGGAAACAUGCAGUACAACAUCAGCUACGUCUUAAAGGAGAGGGGCAACUACAUUCUGGCUGUGAAAUGGGGAGAUGAACACAUCCCAGGCUCCCCAUUCCAAGUCACCGUCCCAUAAUUCCCUGCGGUUAAUCAGAAACACUCCUGACAGAGAGAAAGACACUGUACAAAAACAACUAGAAGAUCUUCUUCAUUCUGCUGAACUUUGCACUUGAUCAGGUUUUUGACUGGAAUGUGAUGCAUUAUGACGGAAACGUUGAUGGCAUUUUGUUAUGAUGCAUGAAUUGUACAUUACUUCUAUUUCUCGAAUUUAGUUCAGCAUUGCACGUCUAAAGAUGAGUGUUGAAAAGUUAAAAGACGGUGUAUGAACAAACUGAUCAGGGUUUCACACCCAAACGUCUCUGUACUACUGAUAUUGACUCGAAUCGCUCGUCUCUUUCUAACAAUACUGACACUUUUAAUGCACAUAUAACCUUUCCAUGUCUGUGUUUGAUUCUCGCACAUAUUGAAUAGUUUACAUAAAAAUUACUAUACAUCAAGAUUUUAGACUCGCAAAUCAACCCUCAAGACCAAAAUAUCGGAUUUUCUGGCUUUUUGAAGACGCUAAUACACAAAAGUCACAGUAAUAGAUUUAUGCAGGGCUUUCACAUUCUUUGUCUUAAUUCUACUAGUUUUGAUAGUCCAGUGGUGAAGUAUUUUGUAAGUGUUUUAAGGGCAAGAGGGGACAUUUAAUUGCAUUUUGUAUUUAGCCGUUGGUGCCUUAUUGUGAAACACGUGAGUAGAUUCGAUGUACAUUUGCUUAUUAAAACUGACUGGAAUAAAGAAUUCAAGAAUAUAGAA